GCCGUAAAAGCUGCCCGAAGGAAGAACCAACACCCUUGGCAAGGGAGACAUGGGAGUAUUCGGUGGCAAUGAGCUACUUUUCCCUGAGCGAACUACGAAGCGGUAUCGAACAGCUGGGCGAUAUGAAAUUCACACUUCUGGUGGAUCUGUGCAAUGGAGGUCCAGCAGUAGCUCAAGUGAAACAUAUCCCUGCUAUCAGAUCAUUGAUCAGUGACCAAUGCACGUCUCUGAUAGUGUCGACCACAUUUCUUGAACAUGAUCCUUAUAGGCUCCUUGCGCAGAUACAGACUGCUCAUUCACUCAAAAUAGUCGGAAAUCUGUCAAUACAGACGAGUUACUCGACUUCGUAUUUAUUCGCAAAUCUGAGUAGCGAAAUGUAUCCAUUACGUCGCUUGAUUCUCCGGGCGAUGCUACCGCCUCGUAUUCUACACGACUCUCAUAUCUUCCAACGACUUCACCAUCUAUACCUCUAUAUCUUUCACGAAUGGUGGGCCAAUGGCUUGAGCCGUUUAGGCGGUCUUCUCAAAGAAGUUCGAACUUUGGGUAUAGGAGGCAUUGCAACACCAUCAUUACAGCCCAUCAUUUCCAUCUCUUCCCAGCGUCUGGUUCACCUAGUUCUAUCCUCUGUAUCCCCAUCCAUCUUCUUUAACUCUACCUAUCGGUCUCUAGUGGCACUACUGUUCGAUGGUAAGGGAUUUUCAGAUCUAACCGAUCAGAUUAGAUCAUUACCGAGAAUCCCAUUCCCGUCCUUGCGAUAUCUACUAUAUAAAGGACGCCUAUCGUCGCUCUCCAAAUUCGAGGCCCCUAACCUCCUUAUUCUUGCCAUACAAAGCCAAGGCAGUGCCCCAAAUGACCAUCGAGACAAGGUCGAGCUAUCUAAACAUCUUUCCAUAAAUCCUAGAUACGUCAUAAUGGAUAUGGAACUAGGCUCAGACUCGUUAGUUGAAACCUUUCUGGCCUCAGCAAGGAAUGUAGCGGACUUGGAAAUCAAUUUCGACGAAGGAUCCCUUCGCUCAUCCAAAAUGCCACAUCUCUUAUCAGAAAUUCUAGAAAGCAAUCCAUUCUGUCCAGCCCUCCUCAACCUGAGGAUUUCAGUUCGAUCGAAAGGGGCAAGGUGGACUACUAAUAAGGCGAACCUGAUCUCCAUCUCAAGGGGAAUUCUCCUAUCUCGGAAAGAAGCCAAUCAUCUCACCUCAUUGGAAAGCCUAAAAUAUAAAGUCACCAAAAGUUGGGAGUUCGAUUCUUGUCAUGGUAGGAGAAGAAUGGACGAGUUGUGGGAGAGAAAUCUAAGGGACGGAUCGCAAGCAACUUGGGAUCGGGAACGCGAGAGACUUCUCUCUCGGCCAGGUUGGAUAGAUCUUCAGGAGUAA